UUUUUCCUUGCUGCUCGCCCGACCCAGAACUCCAGCCACACACGAGACCGCGAAGAUGGUGCGCAUCAGUGUCCUGAACGAUGCCCUCAAGAGCAUCACCAACGCCGAGCGCGCUGGCAAGCGCCAGGUUCUCAUCAGGCCAUGCUCCAAGGUCAUCAUCAAGUUCCUCAUGGUCAUGAUGAAGCACGGCUACAUUGAGGAGUUUGAGGUCAUUGACGACCACCGCGCGGGCAAGAUUGUUGUGCAGCUGAACGGCCGCCUCAACAAGUGUGGCGUGAUCAGCCCUCGGUUUGAUGUUAAGGUGAAGAACAUUGAGGAGUGGAUGAGCAGCCUGCUUCCCUCUCGUCAGUUCGGCCAUCUGGUGCUCACCACGUCCAACGGUAUCAUGACACACGAGGAGGCGCGUAAGAAGCACACCGGUGGCAAGAUCCUCGGCUUCUUCUACUGAGCUGCUUGUGGUGAACCUCCCCAUUGUGUGUGUUUUGAUCGAUGCCUUUAAUCUCCGUGCUGCUGAUGCUGGCUUCUGUACUGGGUGUGCGGAUGAGCGUGUUCCUCGCUACCCACCACCCGAGGUCCCAGUAAAUGCCCCACAACACCG